AUGGAACAAGAAACAAUUCUCAUCGUAGGCGCGGGGAUUUUCGGCGUCAGCACAGCUUAUCACCUCGCGCAGCAAGCCACCGACCCCUCCCGCAUCAUUCUCUUAGAUCGAGCUGCCCCUCCAUCCAACAACACUCUCGCGGCAUCGUCCGACAUCAACAAGAUCAUCCGCGCAGACUACUCCAACCAACUGUAUAUGGAACUAGGCUUCGAAGCCAUCUCAGCCUGGAAAUCACACCCAUUCUUCCAUGAUGCUGGAGUCUACCACCAGUCCGGGUGGAUAGCCAUGGACGAGAAAGGGAGCGACAUUCCACGGCGUAUCCGGGGGAAUUUCCGAAAUAGUAGCCAUAACCACGAUUCUGCGCUCAAUGAUAUGACCGAAGAUGAAGUCCGUCGGGCGUGGGGCGGUGUUCUAAACCGGACGGACUGUACGCCGUUUGGGUCGUACUAUUUUAACCAGUCGGCUGGUUGGGCUGAUGCUGGGAAAGCACUGCAAUUAAUGCUUCAGGAGGCCGUCAAGCUAGGUAUUAGGUAUGAGAGCGCGGAGGCAAAACGAAUUGUUUUGUCUUCGGAUGGAGGUGCAGUGCAGGGUGUCGAAACUGAAGCCGGAAAAGUACUUGGGGCGGACAAAGUUGUGCUCGCGACUGGGGCUUGGACGAGCACACUGUUGUCUUCACUGGAGGACUCCUUGCAUCUUGAGCGUGGAGCUCGAGUGGAGCAGCAGGUUUCUGCUGCCGGGGUCUGUGUGCCUCAUUUCCAGCUCUCGGAUGAAGAGAGGGAAUUGUACUCGAAGCUGCCAGUGUUUGUAUAUGGGGGACAAGGCGAGGUCAUUCCUCCUACAUCCACAGGAAUAUUGAAGUUCACCAGCACAACCUCCUUCAAGAAUACGGUUCGGACGGCAAGCGGUCAUGAGAUAUCUAUCCCAGUGGAGGACCAGUUCAACGCCCCACGAGGACUCCAGGAAGAUUCCAUUGCCGCAGUUAACGCCCGUAUUCCUCAGCUCCUUGCAAAUGAGCGAAAGCCGGAUUACUAUCGCCUCUGCUGGGAUUCGAUUUCGGCAAGCCAACACCCGCUAAUCAGCCGACAUCCUGACUCACGAUUAGCAAACCUGUACUUCGCCGUGGGAGGAUCAUUCCACUGUUACAAGUUUCUACCCACAAUUGGAAAGUACGUGGUCAACGUCCUUCAAGGGGUCGGCAACGGACCUGAAAAGGAUAAGGCAUGGUCCUGGAAAUCGACCGGGGAGAACGAACGAGGUGUCCAUGAGAGCUUGGUUCCUCAGAAAGAAUUUACGGAUUUUACAUAA